UUUGUUGCCAAUUUGUCUACUUUUGCCCUAUGUGGCAUUUUGUCCGGUUGUUAUUUUGUAAAUUUGGUAUUCUCAGUAAGAGAAGUGACACAGAAAAAUAAGAAAAAAGAGUGUAUAAAAAUGAGAGAGACAAAAAUAAAAGAAAGAAAGAAAGAAAUAAUCUAUUGUUUAAAAAACACUUUGGCGUUUUAUUGUUCUCUUAUUGACUUUUAUUUUUCCUUUUUUUUGUAUUUUUAUCCGAGGGACCGUCUUAUUUUUAAUCUUUUGGACUUAUUUUUAGAUUUAAUCUACUAACAAAUUGGCUUCUAAUCUAAAUUUAGUGUAUUGACAUUAAUGGCUUCUUUAAUUUUAUUUUUAUUUCUUUAUUUGGACUAUGUUUCUGCCUUUGCUUCAAAUACGGUUGUAGAGAUUUACCAAUGUUAAUCCAAAAUGUGAGAGGAUCAGAAUUAAAAUGUGUGCGGAUAUUCAAUACAAUAUGACAAUUUAUCCAAAUUUGUUGAAACAUACAAAACAGGAGGAGGCAGAAAGUGAUAUUGAACAGUUAAGGAAGUAUGAAAUGCUUGUCAAUGUUCAAUGCAGCCCCGAUAUUAAAUUCUUUUUGUGCACAAUUUUUACUCCAGUUUGUACAAUUUUGAAUGAACCAAUCCCUCCAUGUAGACAUUUAUGUUAUUCUGCAAAAAAUGGUUGUGAAACUAUAAUGAGGAAAUUUGGUUAUCCGUGGCCAGAGAUUUUUGAUUGUGAAAAAUUGCCUCAUCAUAAAGAUGCAAUGUGUGUAGGGGAAAAUAAUAAUGAUGAAUUGGAAGAGGAUAAAAACAAGAAUUUGGAUAUUUCUCAAAUAAAUGAACUAAAGGAGGUGAAGAAGGUGUUGGAAUGUCCUCAUGCUAUGAAAGUUUUGGGUUCUCAUAGCCAUUUUCUCUUUAUUGCCAACCAAACAUUAGAACAAUGUUCAUUACCUUGCCAUAAUGAUGGUUUAGUGCCCACUUUCUUCACUGCACAUAUUCGUCAUUAUCUAAAGCUUUGGACUGGCGCUUGGGCUGUUACUUGUUGUGUUUGUUGUUUAUUUACAAUUUUUACAUUUUUGGUUGAUUUGAAAAGAUAUGAAUUUCCUGAACGAGCAAUUCUUUUUAUGGCAUUUUCCUAUUUUAUGGUAAGCUCUGUUUAUAUGAUUGGAUUAGUUACUGGCGAUCAACUUUCUUGUGCUACCCAAUCUGCUACUAAACAACCUUUGGUUACUCAGGGAAAUGAAAAUUUUUGGUGUUCGGCAUUGGCUUUGGCACAUUUUUAUUUUAGCUUUGCCGGUUCUCUAUGGUGGUUAAUUUUAUGUUUUUCUUGGUUUCUUGUAACAACAUUAAAAUGGGGAGAAGUUCCAGUUGGACAAGUCUUUUCUUCUUAUUUUAAUGCCUUUGCUUGGAUUUUACCUUUAUUUGGUGUUAUUUUCCUAAUUAUAUUUGGAGGAAUUGAUGGAGAUGUAUUUACUGGAAUAUGUUCUGUUGGAAAUUUACAACCUUCAUUUUUAUUUAAUUUUAGUGUUCUUCCACAAAUUUUGUUGAUAGUUGCCGGCCUAAUAUUUUUCUCGUCUGGUUUUGUUUCAAUUUUACGUAUUCGUUCAUAUAUUAAAUGCAAUAGGUUUGUAACAAAUAAAUUUGAAAAUGCUGAGGCUUCUGAAAAACUUGGAAGAAUAAUGUUAAGAAUUACUUGUUUUUCUCUUUUAUAUGUUUUGCCAAUGUUUGUGAGUUGUUAUUGUUCAUAUUAUCAAACAAUUAAUAUGGAGGCAUGGUUGACUAAUUGGUAUUCAACACGUUGUUUACAUGGUAAUUUUAAUAUGUUUUUAUUUUGUUCUGGUUUUUGUGUGUUUAUUCGUGUUUUUAUUUAA